GUGGCAUUCCUGCAUGCAUUGUUCCUGCACUCCGUCUUCGUUUAUCAGAAUUCGAAUUCAAAGAAUUUGGGAAGAACUCGGGAGUACUCCCAGUCAGUGACUCGCCGGCGUCGGAUAUGACAUGGAAACCCCGACGACUCGGAUCCCGGAGUUUGUUGUACUGGCCCGCAGUGACUAUGCCGCAUGCGACGUUGGGUACUGACAUUCCAGAGUCCAGACAUUCCACUCGCCUUAUGGCGCCCGGAGUUCUACGUUACAUACUUAUCAUGUCCCGGACACAUCUCAACUUCUCCGAGGCAGCACUUUCAUCCGCGAAGGGCGCUCGACGUACUGGCGCACCUCUCCGAUGCGAGUCGUGAAACAAGGACGACAUAGUCACGCCUUCAGGGAUGUGCAAAUGCUGUAUGGACGGACCAAAGUCUUGGGUGGCCAAUGAGAUUUUGCCCCAACAGUGGG